AGCUGAAUCCAGAGCAAGUGCGAUGUCUGGAUCCCAACAAAGUGCGAAACAUCAACUUCCAAGAUUUCCUUGACUCUCUAAAACGCAUUCGACACAGUGUCUCUCCGAACAACCUGGCUACAUAUGAAAAGUGGAAUUUGGAAUAUGGAGAUGUCAGUCUGUAGAUUUGGCAGACAUUUCUUUUCCGUUCAUAUUCAUUUUUCUUGUUUUGUUUUGUAUUGUUUUGUUUUGUUUUGUUUUGUUUUGUCUGUGUGAUACUAUUCCUCUUUUUCAAAGUUUUCUUUUAUACUUCACAUUUCCUAUGAAAUAUUUAUCACUUCCUUUUAUUGUUAUAUACCUUCCUUCACAUCACAUCAUAUUAUUUUUGACUUCUCAGUUCUUAUUACAAAAAUCCUUUUUGUUUAAAAUGUUUCCUUCAAUACCCAUGCAGUGUAUGGGAAAUACGUAGCUGCUGCUUCUACAAUAAGGCUGUAUGAAUGUGUCUUUGUUUUGCAGUGUUGAAAAAUUUGAUAAGCUUUUGUGAACAUUCCAAAUGUGUUGAUUGCAAAGUAAUGUAUGCAGAACGAUUCGCAGGAGCAGUAAUAGUAGGAAAGUUGAGAAUUGUUUGCUUCAUACAUUUGAGUUAUGCAGCAGAUUUGCGUACACUUUACAAAUGGGAAUACUUCACUGUGAAAUAAAAAUAAAAGAACACUUUAUUUGUUAAUGGCACUUGUAGCCCAAAAUAAGUUGACCAAGCACUGUUGUUGGUGGGUUAUGUAUUGUUAUGCAGCAGUGAAGAUGUGUCUUGUUUGAAUGAGAGAGCUGGUUAAUACACCACUUCUGUGCAGUGUGAAGAAAUGAAUAAGCUUGCCGCUGGUAUUUAGUGGAAUCACGUCAUUGCGUGAUAGGUACCUGAUCCAGCUUGUGGUGAUUUGCUCGCCAAGAGGCUCCACAGAUAGGGUGUUGCUCAUCGGUCCCUCACUGCCCUGGCCAGCCUUUGCUCGCACCUUGCCCCUGCGCGUGGCCGUCCCACUGUUCAGCAGUUGAACGAAUAAUGUUUGGGUCCAGGAUCGAAUAAAUCUAAGUUUCUGUGUGUUUUAUAAGUGGCAUCUUCUUUGUUCAAAUGCUAACGAUUUUUAUGAAUAAAAAUGUUAUGUGCUGUUUUAUCGACUUUUAUAUAAUUAUUAAUAUUGUGAUCAUAAGGGAGGGAUGCAAGCGGACUUCAAGGCCACGGCUGUGAGGGGAGAAUCUUAUUGGGUGCUUAAUAGAUGGCAUAUGGUUGCCGUUACAUUCCAGCACCCAUUGGUAGCACAUGCCUGCACUGAUUACAGUUGCACAGUGGUUCACCAGGCUUCUCUGCUUUUGUACGCUUGUGCUGCACUGUUUAAUGCACUUGUUUUUUUCUUGCCAUGUGAGGAUGAAUGUGUAUGUAUGAAGAUUUUUGUCUGUUUGAAUGUUUGGGCACCUUGAGCCCAACUAAUAUGAUUUGCAUAAUACUCUUAAAAGAGGGAUGUAUUUGUCUGCAAGGAAGAGGGAAAGAACACUUGAUGUUAAAAUCUCUUAUGAGAAAUUCUCUUGUUACAUGCCCAUGCAAGUUUGUUUUUGUGUAUUUUAACAAUGAAACUAAGCUCAAUCAUAUUUGUUUUUAAGUGUUUUGGCUAAGUACUGCGAGGCAGUGACUUGCCGCAACAUGGCUGUUGAUCCACCUCUUUUUCACCACAUUUAUAGCUGAAUAUUUUUAUGAUAAGUGCAUGUAUCUUGCAUCUCAUUUGGACGGAAUAAAGGCUAAGUGAAUAUUAAUGUUCUUAGUAAUUUCUUUAUAAACUGUAACACUUUUUUUUAUCUUAAAUGCUAGUAUAUCCUGCUUACAACUUUGUAAAGUAAGGAUUAUUUUAAAUGGAAACUGUUUAGGAGUAUAAAAGCUAUUGAUACUUUCCUAUGAAUGUAUUAUUGUUUGAGAUAUUUUCCCUUGCUGUAUUACCCUAAAGAAAAAUAAUAAAAUUCCUUUGGAAAAACAAGGUAAGUUCCUU